AUGGAGAGGGUUCUUGAAUCAGUCGUUGUCCCAUGCUCAAACGCCAAGUUUGGUUGCAGAAAGAAGUGUUUCCGUGAGCCACACGGUAUAAGUGUGAUUGUGAGUUGUGUUGCUCCUUCUGCUCUUGAAGUUGGUGAGUUCUCAUGUCAUAUCUCCGCGGUUGAGGAAAACUAUAACAUGACUUUUGAAUUGCCAAAGGUCAAGAGAGUUCGGGAGUUGAGUUUGGAAACCCCUGAAGAUGAUUUUAUGUUGGUUCCUUCCUAUUUCUUGCGUGGACGUCAAGCAUUGAAGGUUAGGGUAUGUAUCCGCAAGUUAAACCAAGAGUAA